AUGAAUAUACAUAUAUAUAUAUAUAUAUUAUUGAUGCCAUAUACGUGUUUGUUUAUUUGUGUGUUUGUUUGCUUUGGGUACAUUGAUAGGAGGAAGAGGGGAAGAGAAUUUAUAUUGCAAAAAAAAAGGAAGGGAAGAAGAGACCACGUGAAGAAAGACUUGCGGCGCCUGUAUUGUUUGCAUGCGCAAAUGAAUAUUGAAGCUAUUUUUUUUUUUUGUUUUUUUUUUAUGUCUCGUUUCCUUCCAUGUUUUCUUUUGUCUGUUUGCUCUAUUGGCUGCGAUGAUAAAAAAGGGGGGAGGGUUUUAGUGGCUUCCAUUCCGUUUUACCCCACCGUUUCUUUUAUUUCUCAUCUUGAAGUUCUGUUUUCUUUUUUUUUUCAGGAGAUAGGGGAUUAUUUGACUUAUUUGCGUUUUUUUUUCCGACCAAUGACACAAAACAAAAUAAUGAACAUGUGCAGAGUUUUACCAACAAGGGGAACAUGGAAAUAUGAAAGAAACUGGAGGGGGAAAUCCAAAAUAAAAAGAAAACAAAUAUGUUUUUGGGUUGAAUUCUGCUGCAUGAAAUUAUUCAUUUUUUUUUAA